AAAAAAAAGAGAAAAUAAGAAAAAUGUCGUGUGACGAUCUUGCUCCCUUCUUUUGGGCUAACUUGGUGAUAAGGCCCAGAGACCGGAUGCAGCUGUGAGACGUGUGAUGGCGCGCCGAGUGCUUUCAUACCUUUGCGUCCCCGAAAUGUCGUUGCCCUGCACAACCCCUUUAUACCUUGGGAAGCUGUGCAAGGGUUUUGACAUCCAAGUACAUAUUUCCACGCGAGUCCAGUGUUUGUUGUGCAGAAGUGAGACUUUUGUGUUUCUUGUGCAGAAGUGAGACUUUUGUGUUAACAGCGAAUUUCGAUUUGUGGCCCUUAUUACUUAAUAAUUCGUAAGAACUGUGCAAUGGCUUCGUCAGAAACGAAAAUUUCCUCACAAGCGCUUAGAAAUUUCAGACAUUACCAUUUUGUGAGGCACUGGGGAAAGAAGGUGGCGUUUAUGAUCUAUUACUAUAGUUUUCUCGACGGACAACAUAAAACGAUCCGCGAUAUUCUGAUCGAUAACAAUGUACCACUGACGAAGAAAUUUUUCAACGCCCAGGAAGUGAAAAAUCUAACAGAGAAGCCGCCAGAGGAGUUGGACAUCACGAUGUUGAAUAGGAUCAGCCAGACUCUUUGGGAAAGAGGGGUGAAUGACCCUGGUGGAGACCUCAAAGGAUUAAUGAAAACUAUAAAAGAUGAGAGGAACUUUGUCAGCCAUGAAGAGGUGGCGCUGUCAAAUACAGAUCUAGAAAAUAAACUUCAAGGCUUUCAGACAACACUCCAGGAAACUCUUGAUAAAACCAAACUUCUCUUUCCAUGCCAUGGCUCAGAAAUUGACCAGCUUAAAGCAGAGAUCCAAGUUGCUGCUCUAGAGCUGCUAAGGAAGAUCCGUGAGAAAUAUGAUCCCUCAGUCCCAGAGGAUGUGCAAAAUCUUCAAGAAGAAAUAGAGCAGUUUGGAAGAGAGCUUUCUGAAUAUAUACUUAAACUAUCUCGAGAAGAGCUCCUGCGUCUUUAUGUAGACCUCUGUCAGAUUUUGCCCUUUGACUGGCUGGCCCAGUAUGAUAUCACAGAACCAUGUAACAUCAUGGUCUCUUUGAAUGUGGAGGAAAAUAUGGAGUUUCAUGGGCGUCGCCGUGGCAACGCAGGUAUCGUUGUAGAUCAAAAGCAAAUUUUAGCAAUUAAAGACCCAAUUGACCCUAAAGUUGUGAUUAUAUCUGGUGAUGCAGGUUCAGGAAAGACCACAAUCCUUUGCUCCAUUGUAGAGAGAUGGCAUAAGAACACAAUGGAUAUGCCAGAACUCUCUUCCUUCCAAAUUGUACUCUAUAUGCAGUUUAGAAACCAUAGCCAUGACAACUUUGAUGACUACCUUAAAGGGUUGCUUCCACAAACUGUAUUUCUGUACACUUUCUGUCAAGUCAAGUCUACAGUCAUUGGUUCUAAAUGUCUAAUCUUAUGUGAUGGGUAUGAUGAAGCCAAUGAAAAGUCUAAAAAGUUCUUCAGAGAAAUAUUAGCUCUUAAUUUUAAAGAUGUGAAGAUUGUUGUCACAACACGUCCAAUGAAUACUCAGACACUAACAGAUAUUGUGAACAAAGGAAAACGUUCCAGAAUCAACCUAAAAGUUUUAGGUUUGCAAAAACAGGAUAUGAACUUACUCACAGAACGACUCAUUGGCUAUCUAGUGAGGGAUGAUGUCAGCCAAAAGGAAGCACUGAAAAAAGAACUGCUUCAGAAGAUAGAGGAAAUUAACCCUAAAACUAAAGUAAUCUUGCAAACGCCUCUGUAUUUUAACCUGUUCAUUCUUCUUUACAUUGAAUGUCCAGAUAUAAGGAAUGAAAUGUAUACCCAGUCAUCACUUCAUUUGCAGUUGAAAGAGCACAUGACCAAGAGACUCUCCAACAAGACAGGAAUCUCUAUUGAAUCACUGAAGAAAUUUGAUGCACUGUACAGAAAAUGGUCUCUGAAAUAUUACAAUGAGGAAAAAUAUGAAUGGUCUGAGACCGAUGUGAUAAACUUGCAAAAGGAGAUUAGCUGUCAAGAGGUAAUUCAAAACUUUGAUGCCAUCAUGUCGUCUUAUUUUUGUAUAAAACACACCAAAGAGCAGCUCGAAAUUAAAAAGGUUUUCUGCUACAGACACAGAAGUGAACAGGAGUUUGCAGUUGCUGUCAACAUCUGUGAUGACAUCAUCACAAGGGAAGGCCAGCAAGAGGGAAACAUUAUUGAAGAUGUGCUGCGGUCAAAAGGAUUUCAGAUUGUACAAAUGAUUGCAGAUCAAGCCUCCGUGUUCAGGAGAUUAAGGAAUGUCAUUUCAUUCAUACCAGGAAUCCUUUAUAGUACAGAUAGAGACGUUUUGUACAAGAGAAUCAAUGACAUUCAUGAAUUCUUUGUAUCAUACUGCAUCUCUAGUGAUACACAUUAUUAUCUGUUGGUUCCAUAUAUUGAAACUAGAUUAGAUAAUAAAAUUCUGGAAUCGCUUGUUUCAGUGAUGGCAGUAAAGAAUCUAAAGGACUAUUUACAUUUUGGAGUAGCUGAUAUCUUUUCUAUCCUACCGCCCUUACUGUCUAAGGUGCGGCUUAAACGCAUUGCGUUUGCAGAUGCACCGAAAGAUCUCUCUGAAGUCAAUGAAACACUGCAUGUGGCCAGCCAGCACGGUAUUAAUACAGAGUUUAUUCUGCAGAUAUAUCUAGAUGACUAUCCACAGUUUUCAGGACUGGUUCUGCAUCCAGUGGAUCAGUUACGAUUGAUCAUCUACUAUAAUAAAGGCGUAGACUUGGAGAGCUUUGUCCUGUUCCUCUCAUGGCGUCACCAAAGGAAUUGUAUGUGAGUUACUCCAUCGAAGGCCAUCCUUUGGACUUCUUGACCCAAAUCAUAAACAGGACGUUUCAACAAACAGGGGAGAAGUAACUAAUAUAGAUAUUAUAGUUAAUGAAGGGUGUGACCUAAAGCAUCUACUCCAGUCACUAACAAUUAAGCCUUUGAGUUCAACAACUAUUCUUAUGGAUAAGGACACUGAUCCUGAUGAAUCUACGGAUAUGGAGACUGAUUCUGGUGAUUCCACGGAUAUGGGGAGCAAUUCUGGUGAAUCCACAAUUACUGAGAGUAACUCUGGUGACUCCAUGGAUUCGGAGAUUGAUGUUGGUGAAGACUUGAAGAUCAUCUGCGAGAGUAACUUUGUUGACUCCAUGGAUUCGGAGAUUGAUGUUGGUGAAGACUUGAAGAUCAUCUGCGAGAGUAAUGGACUUGGGGAAUUACACGUUCGCUCUUAUUGAUUUAUAUGAAAAACGUCCACAAGAAGAGAUAUAUCUCUGAUUACUUGAUUGAGUGGGGCGUUUCUUGCGCCGAGAGUGAGCUACAGAAAAUUCAUGAAUAUUUGCAAUAUUUAUCUCAGUCUUUUCUUUAGUUGUGAUUUCUUCAACUCAUUGUGAUUGCAGACAAUGAUACAAUCAAUCCCUCCACAUCUUCAAGUAAUAAAAGCAGGUGUACUCUAGGGAGAAAAUGGAAAACUUCUUGACUUAUAUUAUACCGAUGAUCUAGUUUUGUUCUGCGAGGGACCAGAAAAGAUGCAGAGAGCGUUGGAUUGUCUAGUGAGAGAAGGUUGGUUUGGUAAUUAAUAGUUGUAAAGCAAGGGAUUGAGUUUAAAUAUUUGGGUUCUGAUUUAGAUAAGGAUGAUUCUCUGAGCAGAGAAUUUAUGGAAAAAUUUAAAAAGUCUCAUCAGGCAAUGGGAAAGCUUAAACAUAUUUAGAGUAAUUGCAAUUUUUCUGUGCUUACACCAAUCAAAAUUUAUAAAUGAAUGGCUAGGAGUAUUUUGAGUUAUGGGCAUGACUCAUGGCACAGUAUAGUGACUUUGGAGAUUGAAUUCUUAGCAUCUGGAAAUAACGCCCUCAAAAGAAUAUUAGGAAUUCAUUAGAGCGAUAGGAUGUCAAAUAACAGAAUUAGAGAAGCAUGGGAGGUGCAGCCGGUCGUUGAGUAUGUUAGGCUCCCACACUGGAAGUGGGUAGGCCAUGUGUCUAGAAGACAGGGAAUAGUGUGAGAUACACUAGGGUGGGUUGCCCUUGGUAGGAGGGGUAGAGGGAGGUCAAAGGAGGCGUGUUUGAGGACAAUGAGGCGGGAAGCAGGAGAUGAGUGUUGGGGAGAUCUGGAGGAGUAGCCCCUCAGGACAGAAUGUGGUGGUAUGAGUUCAUCGAGACCCUAAGCAUCCCCGUUGGUGCCACAGGAAAUGAUUGAGUGAUUGAUUGAAUAAAUGCAAAGUUGUUUUAGGAACAAUUUUCAGGAACUGACUGGACAGUUUAGGUAAGGAUGUUGGUCAUUUCACCUCUUCACCUCAAUGAAGACCAACUCAUUUUGGUAUUGCUGCACCACCAUUACUUCUCUAAUUCUGUUAUUUGAUAUCCAAUAGCUCCAAUGAAUUCCUACUAUUCUUCUGAAUGCAUUAUUUUCAGAUGCUAGGAAUUCAUUAUCUAAAGUUACCAUGAGUCCUGCCCAUUUAUCAAAAUACUCCUGACCAUUACCUUAUAUAAAUUUUGAUUGGUGUAAGCACAGAUAAUUUACCAUUACUCCGAAUAUUUUUCGUAAUUUGGUCAUUUGUUCUUCUGUUGUCAUUCUUUGGAGUCAAUUUUUAUUUUGAAAAUACCAGAAAGGCGUCUAAAAAGCCAAUAAGAAGUUUGAUUUCAACCUAAAGAAUAAGAAAACAAACAUAAUGAAAAAAUGGGUAACGCUAAAAAGUGAGUAACCCUACUGCAAUAUCAGCCGAAUAAUGUUGCAACCCGUAAGGAUUUUGCUGCCGUCAGUGCACCCCACGUAGUGCAAUGCAGACAUUUCAAAAUGUUUGCAUCUGCCCCCACUUUUUAACUAUUUACUUGACCUCCAUGCCCCGUCCUUUCAUCCUUCUUGUUGUCAAACCUCUCUAACCACCAUUUUAGCAUGACUGUAGUGUUUGU